AGGACUCGUAGUGUAUGCUAGAGGAAUCUCACUUGGUGGACGAGCUAACAGCUUCUUUCAUCUCCGAUCAAACGUAUUAUCUUCUUCUGAUUCCAAGUCUCAUUCCGGUUUUCAUCGUCUUUCACUUUUUCAAUUGGCUGGGUUACGAGUUCUUCUUGAACAAUUAAAUAAUGGCAAAUGUUGAAGCAAUUCCUGGCUAUCUCACGGCCACUUUUCCCACACUUCCAAUUGAGAUCAAAGACUAUGUCUCUGCAAUUCUCAAAGAGAAUUCCGAUGAGAUCACAUCUUUAGAUGAAGUUAUGGAUGCCGUUGGUGAACAUCUUCAAGCUUCCGUGGAAAAUCUUUGCGAGGUUGGAGCUAAGAAUGCUUGUCAACAACUUCUGAAACUACUUCACGGAGACAACCUUCCAAAGGCUAUCAAACAACAGGAAGCAACUACGAAACGUCUCGAGCAAACUGUUGACAUGGCUGCUGAAAAUCAAAACUUUGAAGCUCUUCAAAGCAUCUGGAAAGUACAAACAAGAGAUACUCCAACUACCGUUGAUAAGAAGAAACUUGCUAAGGCCGAAGAUCGUGCUGCAGCGAAAGCAGAAGCUCGUGCAGAUGCACCUGUUGAACGGAAGAAGAAGAAGAAUGAGCCAUCAGCAACGGCUUCCCAAGCUCCAAUUCGUGACUCGGGUGCCCGUGGAGCCAACUCAAAGGAUAUCAAACUGGAAAGUGUGGAUAUUUCUAUCGGUACGAAACAACUUCUCUCAUGUGCCGAUGUCACAAUGGCAUUUGGAAGACGAUAUGGAUUGGUUGGAAGAAACGGAAUCGGAAAAACGACGCUGCUUAAAAUGAUUUCAAGCCAACAGUUGAAGAUCCCCGCAGGUAUUUCAAUGCUGUCUGUGGAACAGGAAGUGGAAGGAGAUGAUACACUCGUUUUGGAUGCUGUUUUGAUGUCAGAUACGAAGAGACAAACACUUCUUGAUAGGGAAAAGACGCUGCAAAGUCGUAUAAACAAGGACAAUAUCAAUGACGCCGAGAAAACCAAAUGGAAUGACGAGCUUUCAAAACUUUACAUCGAAAUGGAAGCUCUCCAACUUGACAAAGCUCCAGCACGGGCUUCUUCCCUUCUUUAUGGUCUCGGUUUCACUCCAGACGAGCAGAAGCGUCCAACAAAGGAGUUCUCUGGAGGAUGGCGUAUGAGAGUUGCCCUUGCCAGAGCUCUAUUCGUGAAGCCAGAUCUCUUGUUGCUUGACGAACCGACUAACAUGUUGGACAUGAGAGCGGUUUACUGGUUGGAAGGACAUUUGCAAGGUUGGGAAGGAACUAUUUUGACGGUUUCUCACGACCGUAAAUUCCUCAACGAAAUUUGCACGGACAUUGUUCAUUUGCACACCAGACGAUUGGAUCACUACAAGGGUAAUUACGAUCAAUUUGAGAAGACGAUGAAGGAAAAGUUGACGCAACAGCAGAGAGAAUACGAAUCACAACAGCAAUUGAGACAGCAUACUCAAGAGUUUAUUGACAAAUUCAGAUACAACGCUAAAAGAGCUCCAAUGGUUCAAUCCAGAAUCAAGAUGUUGGAAAAAUUGCCUGUUCUUCUUCCUGUCGAACUCGAAUCAGACAUUCACUUCAAAUUCCCAGAAUGCGAAGUUCUCAGUAAUCCAGUUCUCCAACUCGAUGAAGUAUCCUUCCGUUAUAACGAAGAUUCUCCCUAUCUUUUCCGAAAGCUCAAUCUCGGAACUCAUGCCAACUCCCGGAUUUGUAUUGUCGGAGAAAACGGAGCCGGUAAAACUACACUGUUGAAACUUUUGCUCGAUGAUCUCCAACCAUCCGUUGGACUUCGAAAUGUGAAUCGUCGUAUUCGAAUUGCCUACUUCACACAGCAUCACGUUGAUCAAUUGGAUAUGGAAACAUCAGCUAUUGAGGUGUUGAUGAAGAAUCAUCCUGGAAAGACUCAAGAAGAUUAUCGAGCAGCUUUGGGAAGAUUUGGAUUAGCUGGUGAUAUGGCUUUGCAAUCUGUUGAGACACUUUCUGGAGGUCAAAAGUCUCGAUUGGCAUUUGCUAAUUUAGCCUUGAUGCAGCCAAACUACUUGAUUCUUGACGAGCCUACUAAUCACUUGGAUGUCGAAACGGUUGAAGCUCUUGGAAAAGCGCUUAAUGUUUUCAAUGGAGGUGUCGUUUUAGUUUCUCACGACGAGCAACUCAUCGAGCUUGUGUGCAAGGAACUUUGGGUUGUGAAGGAUCGAAUGGUGACAACUUUGGAGGGAGGACUCGAAGAAUACAGAAAGCAAGUCUACAAGCAGCUUCAACUCACUGCCUAAAUUUUUCCUGUUUUGUUUCGCAUUCGGUUGUUUCCCAUAUUUCACCCAGUUUCCACGUUUUGUUACACUAUUUAAGAAUUCAAUUUAUAAUUUUUGUUGAGAAAAAAGUUUAUUGCUUU